AUGCUUUCUGAAGUUCAGGACUGCGCAUGCGUCCUGUACCAAAACACACAUCGAAGAUGGCUGCGCGCUGAGCUCAGCUCCAGUCUGAUGUCCCGUCCCGUCCUGGAGGUGGUCCGUUUGGGUCUGGUCCCGUUUGCUGAGGCCAUGCAGGUGCAGAGAUCCCGUGUGGACCAGCUGAAGACCAGACCGGGUUCAGCCUGGACUCUGCUGCUGUGCGAGCACCAGCCGGUCUACACUGUGGGACUGCGCAGUUCCCUGUACUCAGAUCAGGACCUUGACCAGCUCCGGACCACAGGGGCCCAAGUCCACCGGACUGACCGAGGGGGCCUCAUCACCUUCCAUGGCCCAGGCCAGCUCGUCUGCUAUCCCAUCAUGCACCUGGGCAGACUCAACAAGGGGAUCCGUUUGUUUGUCAGUUCUCUGGAGCUCUCAGUGUUGGACGUGUGUCGUCACUUCGGCCUCAAAGCAGAAACCUCCCCUCACACAGGAGUCUGGGUCGGGGACAACAAGAUCUGUGCCAUGGGGGUCCACUGUAGCCGGCGGGUCACGUCCCAUGGUCUCGCUUUGAACUGUGAUGUGGACUUGUCCUGGUUCCAGAACAUCGUCCCGUGUGGACUGAGGGACCGGGGAGUGACCAGCCUCAGUCAGGAGACACAGAGGACUAUCACUGUGGGGGACUCUGUCCAACCCCUGGUCCAGGCCAUAGGAAGACAAUUCAACUGUGAUGUCAUAGACCAGAGCCGCAACUAG